UGGAUUGGUAAGAACAUGAAUCACAUUGAAGAAUAAUCAUCAAAUCCAGUUAUCCAGUAAGCUGAAAACCCUAAUUUUACUCCUUUUCUGCUACUCUCCAAUUAAACCCUUCAAAAAUGGCGACGCUUCAUCUUCCAUGGGAGAUAAUUUCCAGAGAAAUCCUUCCAAAAUUACCAGCAAAAUCUCUUCUACGCUUCAAAUGCGUCAGCAAAUCUUUCAAAACCCUAAUUUCAACUCCCGAAUUCAUCAACUCUCAUCUCUCCUCCAACACCAAUCGCCACCUCCUUCUCAUCAACAAAACCGACCAGCAACUCUACUCACUCGACUUGGACACCCCAAAUUCAGCUGUCACCCGUCUUCCGUUACGCCAUCGAUUCAAUGAUUAUGAUUGCUUUGUUUUAAGUUCAUGUAAUGGGCUGAUCUGCUUUGUACAAAUCAACACCGAGAGUUGCUGCUAUUAUCAAUUGUUCAAUUUAUCGACUGGAGUCUACAAAAACGUCGAUUUCGACAUCUCCGACUUGCUCUCAUUCGGUAAUUACCUGAAUUUUGGCUUUGGUUUCGAUUGCGAAAACGAUGAUUAUAAGCUUGUUAUAAUUGUUGAUUAUUUUGAUGCUAUGGUAUAUGAUGUUGGCGAUGAAGCCAAUAGAAGACAAGUUAUUGUUUGUAGCUCAAACACUAGUUGUAAGAGAUUAGUUGUAGAUAAAUUAUCACCUCGAGAUACAGUGAUAUUGCAGCAUAUGGCUGUUACUGAGAACAGUAGUAAACUCAAUUGUAUGUUCUGGACCUCGUCCAUGAACAAGCAUCGUUGUGGUUGUUUCGAUGUUUGUGGCGAGCGGUGGGUGGAGGAUGUGCCUUUACCUGAUUACAAUGGUGGGGAAAUAGAAAAAUUACAUGAUUUUGUAGAUAUAGGAGCUAUUGAUGGAUGUUUGUGCUUGUUGACUGUAAAUCACCGGCAUUCGUCGGUUGAUGUAUGGAUCAUGAAGGAGUAUAGAGUAAAAGAGUCAUGGGUUAAGUUGUUGGAUGUAUCGGAUUCAGUUGUUACUCGUUCUUUGAAAGUUGUGCCAUUUGCAUAUGGGAAGAAUUCUGAAGACGAUGUAUUAUUUUUGAAGGAUGAUACAUCAGAACUUGUAUGGUACAACCGAUUGUGUAAAACGACUGUGAAAGCUGAGAUAUGUGGUGUUCCUGAAAUUAACAAAGCUUUUAUGUGUAAGGAUAGCCUUGUUACUAUUUCAGGUGGUAAACAAAUGAAGUGGAACUAAUACAAGUGCAAGACUGCAAGGUACUCACAUUGUUGGGGAUCGAUGAGAAACAUUGGAUGUAUGAUGGGAGUUACAGGACGGUGAAGGCGAUUAAGGGGUAUCUUACAACAGAGACUUGAACAAAACGUGAAAUGGUUUAUAUAUAUGAUAUUAUUAUCGGAGAUUAGAUGUGCAUUGUGCAAAGGUUUGCCUUUUAAAGGUUGUAUUGUAGGCCUGCAUCCUUGCAAUAUCCAUUUGUAAUUUAGUAGCGUGUUUCGUGUAGGGUUUAUUAGUGGUACUGCAGUCUGCAUAUAUUUUGUGUAGGGUUUAGUAGUGGUACUGCAGUCUGCAUAUACUAAAUGAUUGUCUAUUAUGAAGACGGACUACUUGCAAGUUGCAACUUGCAACACUUCUAUAUUUAGACUUUAGUCCUUAUGCUUGCUAAUGUA